AUGUCGUCAACCUCAACUAGUGCUACAUCAGCAGCAGCAUUUCCAGCUAAAAAGCCAUCUGUCCAACAACCAAAAUGGUACGAACCAAGUGAUAAGUCAUCAACAAAACCCAAAUUAAAGAUUUACAACUCCUUAACUCGUACUAAGAACGAUUUUCAUCCAAUUAAACCUGGCCAUAUUACGUGGUACAGCUGUGGGCCAACUGUGUACGAUCACUCUCACAUGGGACAUGCUAGAAAUUAUGUGUCAACUGAUAUUUGCAGAAGAAUCUUGCAAGAUUACUUUGGCUAUAAUGUUUUGUUUAUUCAAAAUGUUACAGACAUCGAUGACAAGAUUAUUAUAGCUGCUCGUCAACAGCACCUUUUUGAAGAGAAAAUCGCUAGUCAAUACAGGGAUGUCAAGGAGGUUUUAGACUUGACUAGAACUUCUUUGAAGUAUUACGUUAAAAAGAACUUACCUGAGUUCAAGGGGGACGUAGAGAAAGACUUUGUUACAUGGUCUCAGUCAAUUCCAAAUUUUGAAGAAGUAAAGAAGGAGAAGCCCAAAUUCCCUAUGUAUGUGAAAGCUGUGGUGAGAGCAAUCAACGCCAUUAAUGAUGAGAAUAUUUCCUACCAUAGCUUUCUAGACGACGUCAAGGAUGUUGCGGUUGUGUACUUGGACAAAGAAUAUGGUGCAUCGGUCACAGAGCCUAGCAUUUUCAAGAAACUUCCCUUAUACUGGGAAAACAAGUUCAAUGAGGAUAUGUCAAAGCUCAAUGUUUUAUCUCCAUCGAUUACUACGAGAGUUUCCGAAUACGUUCCAGAUAUCAUUGAUUACGUCGACAAGAUUAUUUCCAAUGGCUAUGCUUACGCAACCGAAGACGGGUCCGUUUAUUUCGACACUGUCAAAUAUGAACAUUCAAAACACGAUUACGCCAAAUUGCAACCUUGGAACAAAGGCGAUAUGAGUUUGAUCAAUGAUGGUGAGGGCUCUUUGAGUUUGGGUAACUCGAAACGUAGUCCUAGCGAUUUUGCAUUAUGGAAAGCAUCCAAACCUGGUGAACCAGCUUGGGACUCCAAAUGGGGGAAAGGUAGGCCUGGCUGGCAUAUCGAGUGCUCAGUAAUGGCAUCUGAUAUCACUGGUUCUCAAAUGGAUAUUCAUAGUGGUGGUGUCGAUUUAUGCUUCCCUCAUCAUGAUAAUGAGUUGGCUCAAUCAGAAGCAUACUUUGACAACAAUCAAUGGGUCAAUUAUUUCAUGCACAAUGGUCACUUGCACAUACAGGGCCAAAAGAUGUCAAAGUCAUUGAAAAAUUUUAUCACCAUAAAUGAUGCAUUGAAAGAUUUCAGCUCGAGGCAAUUGAGAUUUGUUUUUGCAUUAUGUCCAUGGAACAAACCUUUAGAUUUCAAGGACAGCUUGAUUAGCGAGGUUAUGUCAAUUGAGUCCACAUUUAGCAAAUUCUUCACAAAUGUUCGUGCUUUAAACAAUGAGUAUAAGCAUAAAGUGGAAAAUGGAGAGUACAUUUCGAAACGUAUAGGCGAGAAUGAAAAACAAUUGUACGCUGAAUUAAGCAAAGCUCAAGACGACGUUGAUGCUGCCUUCAACGAUAAUUUGGCAAGUGGGGAUGCCAUUAAGUGUUUGGUGGAACUAGUGUCUAAGAGCAACAAUUAUAUACAGUUAGCCACCACGAGCAAAAGCGAGCUUCGAAUUGAAGCUUUAUUGCUGGUUACAUCAUGGAUCCUGAAAAUACUCAACAUUUUGGGUUUCCAAUCGAGACCUGACAAACUUGGGUGGGUGGAUGAGUCUUCUUCUGAGGGUGUUGGAUCAACUGAGGAGGUCGCCAUGCCAUACGUAAAAGCAUUGGCACAAUUCAGAGACCAAGUGAGAAAUUUAGCGAUUAAGAAGGCCGAUUUGAAGGAGUUUUUGACUGCAUCGGACACAAUUCGCGCUGAUUUAAUCAACCUUAAUGUUUCCCUUGAUGACAGACCCGACGGAAACGCGUUAGUCAAGUUCCUCAAUGAAUCGGAAAAGCAGCUGUUGCUCAACCAACAAGAGGCAAAGGUUAAGCAGCAAGCGGAAAAGGAAGCCAAAAGGAAGGAGCAAGAAGCAUUGAAGGCAAAGAAGGAGGCAGAGAAGUUAGCCCAGCUGAAAAUACCACCUAAUGAAGUGUUCAAGAAUGAUCCCUUAUAUAAAGAGUUUGAUGAGAUGGGAAUUCCAACAAUUGAUAGCAAAGGAGAAGAAAUCAGUAAAAGCAUGAAAAAGAAGUUGAUGAAGCAAUAUCAGCAGCAAGAAAGGCUUCAUAACGAGUAUUUGAAGUCAAUUGGUGAACCUUCUUGA